CCGGGUUCUUGUUUCAAACCCUAAGCAGUGAUGGAUGCCACAACCGCUUUCCAGGAGCGGCCUCAGAAUCGUUGACUGGAUGAAGCGAAGAGAGAAGACAAGCCAAUGCAGCAGCCUACGUUUGACACCAUCUCGAGCACUCAAAUUCAAGAACAAAGUGUUGCCCAGGAAGGAAACAACACCCCACCACCAUUGGCAAGGAUUCCCGAGCCCGCAAGGAAAUGGAGAGAUAUCUUCUGGCUGGGACUGUUCAUAGUCCAUAUGAUCGGCUUGGGUUUUGUGCUAGUCAUACUGGGGCUCAACAGGUUUAGAAAGGUGGACAGGCUUAAGCUUAACCGGUUUACAAAUCACGACUAUGGCAUUCUUCAACCUGGCUUUCAAACAGAGAAGUUCUGGCCGGUGUAUGCCGUGGCUUCUGCGCUCGGUGCAGUGUUCGCGUGGGCAUCCUUGGCUCUUCUCUGCGUCCGGCCAUACUCGACGAUCAAAGUCGCCGUCCACAGCUUGACAACUUAUCUCGCAGUGAUCAGCGUCUUCUGCUUCCGCGACGGCCAGUUCUUUUUCGGCACUGCCUUCGCCAUUGGCGCUCUCCUGCAGUUCGUCUACACCAUGUCAGUCAUGGACAGGCUGCCAUUUACGACGCUUGUCUUGAGCAAGGCUGUAAAGCUGAUCACCUCUGUCCCUGCGGCUAUGAGGAUUUCCUACCCGUUCAUCGCACUGCUGCUCGUUUGGCUGGCAUUGUGGUCGUUUGGAGUGUCAGGAGUUAUUGCUUCCGGCAUGGACGACAACGGCAGAUGGCUUCUCAUUCUGGUUCUAUCCGUAAGUCUGUUUUGGACUGGAGCUGUGGUUUGCAACACAGUCCAUGUGACUGUGGCUGGAGUGAUAGUACUGGCGCUUGCCGACGAUCAGAUUAUGCCACCCAAGCCUAUCCUGAGAUCACUGCAACACGCCAUGACGACUUCUCUUGGCAGCAUUUGCUAUGGUUCCCUAUUCACUGCAGCUAUAAGAACGAUGCGGUGGGCGAUCCGUGGCUUUCGAUCACGCAUAGGGAAGAACGAGUGCUUGCUGUGCUGCGUGGAUUUCCUCUUUCAUCUGGUGGAGACUUUAGUUCGGUUUUUCAACAAGUACGCUUAUGUGGAGGUAGCGAUCUACGGCAAGUCGUUCAAUCACUCCGCUCGGGAUGCAUGGGAACUCUUCCAGUCGACGGGCAUAGAGGUUUUGAUCGCGUACGAUCUCUCUGGUGCGAUACUGCUCAUGGAGAUCCUUCUCGGGGGACUCCUGACAGGAACUUGCGUCGGCAUCUGGGCCUGGUUCAAGUGGAAGGAGCGAGUUCUCAUCAUCGGCCUCACAGCAAUGCUGGUUGGAAUGAUCUUGGUUGGCUUGGGACUUGUAGUAGUGGAGAGUGCAGUGACUUCUCUCUACAUGUGUUACGCCUCAGAUCCAUCCUUGAUACGGCGAUGGGAUCCAGAGUUUGCGGAGCAAAUCGCCGAGACUUUACACCAGAGGCUGCAACACAGAAGCGGGAGAGAGGUUGCUCCUUCUCAUUCCUAUCCAAAGUCGCAAAGUAAUGUUCUCAUGCUGUAGAAGAUCUCCACGCCAUCGUCGCCGCGCUUUGCUAGCUUGAAAGUCAGAACAUUUUUGAUCGUUUUGUACAUCAACAAGGUAGAGGCUAUAAUGGUAAAACCAUACCAGAAAUUGCUAUCA